AUGAUAUCCGUUCCCUUUGAAUUUCCACCUAUGGAUACUCUGGAAGGCGUUGAAAAUGGAAUUGAGGCGUUGGCAAAGGACACGGGGCCUUCCGUAAUUGAUAAUGUCAUUCAGGAAAUAAACGCCAGGGAAGAAGAAAACAAGAUCACCUGUAUAUUUGCAGACGUCUGGAUGUGCUUUGGCUUACAACUGGUAGCCACGCUCCAUAACCUUCCUCUCGCCGCUUUUCACACAGCUCUUGUUUCACUCUUCGCCAUUCGCUACUUUAGUGCCCAUCUCGUCUCGCUUGGCAUCCUUCAUUCUGAUGAGAUUGAAGCUCCAGUAGACGAAACGUUGUCCAAAGAUGUGGGCGUUUAUCCAAUAGGUCCUCUAAUUCCUCCUGAGUAUUUCCAUAGCAGGACGGUCACGAAGUUCCUUGCAAGCUUCUGGAAAAAUGACACAGAAUGCUUACAGUGGUUAGAUAAACAGUGUGCUCACUCUGUGAUCUACAUAUCUUUUCAAAGUUUGGCAGUUGUGAGUGAAAAACAAUUGGAAGAGCUUGCUCUGGGAGUGGAGGCCACACAGAGACCGUUUCUAUGGAUUGUACGUUCUGAUCUAGUGAAAGGAAGCAAAGCUAUUUUACCUGCUGGUUUCUUGGAGCGAGAAAGCAUCACCAUGGGCGUGUCCAUGCUUUGUUGGCCUUACCAUGCGGACCAGUUUGUUAACCGCACGUAUGUUGUGGAUGUGUGGAAAUUGUGUCUGCCAUUGCAUGCGAAUAGCCAAAGAAUUAUAGAGCAGGGGGAGUUUGUGAAAGGUGUAGAGAUUUUACUGGAAUCGGAACAAGGCGUGGAGAUCAGAGAGGAAGCGAGAAAAUUGAAGAUAAUUGCUCGGAAUGCAAUCAAGGACGGCGGCUCCUCAUGGAAUAACUUUAAUCUAUUUGUCACAGCCAUGAAGUGA